AUGUGGUUAGCUCAAAAUCCAAGUAAGCGAUGGGGCGAAAUAUUCUUUCUUCUAUAUACACCUUUCUGGUUAACCCUUUGCCUUGGCAUUGUUGUUCCUUACAAGUUAUAUGAGACAUUCACAGAAUGGGAGUAUCUGCUUAUUGGUCUUGUUUCGGCAGUUCCUACGUUUGUAGUACCACUUCUAUUUGUUGGAAAGGCUGAUAGAAAUGUUUCUUGGAGCAAUCGCCAUUGGGUAAAGGCUAAUCUCUGGAUGAUGAUUUUCAGUUAUGUUGGAAAUUACUUUUGGACUCACUACUUUUUCAAAGUUUUGGGCGCAUCGUAUACCUUUCCAUCAUGGAGGAUGAAUGAUGUACCCCAUACAACUUUCCUCCUUGCUCACGUCUGCUUCUUGUUUUACCAUGUUGUUUCAAACAUUACUCUUCGUAGACUACAACAUGCAAUUGCUGCGUUGCCUGAGACAAUUCAAUGGGCUUUUAAGGCUGGCUGGAUUCUGGCUCUUGCUUAUGUCAUUGCAUACCUGGAGACAGUGGCUAUUGCAAAUUUUCCCUAUUAUACGUUUGUGGACCGAGCAUCCAUGUACAAAGUUGGCAGCUUGUUUUAUGCAAUUUAUUUCAUUGUCAGCUUCCCAAUGUUUCGGAGGGUUGAUGAAAAACCUGGCGAUCCGUGGAACCUACCCAGAGUGGCCAUUGAUGCCUUGGGGGCUGCAAUGCUUGUUACAAUUUUACUAGACUUGUGGCGCAUUUUCCUUGGACCUAUUGUUCCUAUUCCUGAUUCAAAACAGUGUCUUCAAUCAGGAUUACCAUGGUUUGCCGAACAUACCCAACAAUUCUGA